AUGGGUUGUUUCUUGGAAGGCGUGCGUCAGGCGGAGUGGGCAGAGGAUGACGGCUUCCUCGCGCGUGGGGCCGGGCGACGGUCUGCGCCAAGUCAUCGCCGCAGCGGCGGCCCCUCCGGCGCCGCCCCGGUGGAGCGACAGCAGCCCGGCGGUCACGCCCCCUCGCUCGCGGGGGCGGGGGCGGCGCCACACUGGGUAAUUUGGGCGGCGGCCAGGUGGCCAGGCGGCCCCGAUGCUCGGAGAGUGUUGGCUUUGGCGCUGGAGCUAGUGUCAGUUGUGGCAGUGACGAGGGCGGUGAGCGCAUCUGUGACUAGUAAGGAGGCAAGAAGUUGCCGCGUGGUGGAAUGGAACUCGUCUUUAUGGAAGCGAGGAUAA